AUGGAUCUUUUACGCAAGAAAACACAGCUUCUACAGCUCUACUACCCCGACUACUCUGCUGAUGUUCUCCGGGAUAUCUUGGCAAGUUGUAACGGUGACGUGGACCAGGCAAGGGUGUUGAUCGAGGGGCCCAAGCAUCAGAAGCUGACGGGCCAAAUCCAACGAACCCUUCCAGUGAAGGCGAAACGAAAGUUGGAGGUAACGGCAACGCCACUGCCACUGUCUCUGGCGCUGGUGGUGGCGCCAGAGAACGCGAAGAAACGUCAAAUCACUAACCGGCUGCCUCAAAUCACCUUAAACACGCCAGAAGAUGUAGAAGUCCACUUGGGCGGCUACGCGCUGCUCUAUGUCAAUUUUUUCCCCAAAGAACUUGCAAAUGACCUAUUAAACGAACUUACAGAGUCUAAACACAAAUUCAAGUAUCGCCAGUUUUAUCUCUUUGGCAACCUCUGUCAACUGGAUGUUCUGGUGGCUCCGUUUGCAGCCCGCGACAAUGAUUGCCCUACAGUGGUGUACAACGGUUUGCCUGUGCAAGGAGGAGACUCGCCAGGCCCCCAUGAGUAUACGCGCCAUUUCGAACUGGCUGCAAAAUACUUGGAGGAGAAGAUGAACAAGAGCAUAAUACCACUGAAUCCUCGGCUUCCGUAUCAAAGAAAUGAUAAAUGGUCGGCUGAGUUUUGUGUGGCCAACAUGUAUGAAAAAUUGAGUAACCAUUUGGAUUGGCACUCUGAUCGGCUCUCCUAUAUUGGGCCGCACAACUACAUCGCCUCGGUACUGUUAGGUCUGACCCGAGUAUUUAAACUUCGAUCGACCCAUAAGCCUUCGUCUCCUGUGUACCUGGUGCCCCUUCCUCAUAAUAGUUUAUUUUUAAUGAAACCAGGCUGUCAAGAGGAGUUUAAGCAUACUUUGGGACCGAUGGGGAAGCUGUUACUGUUGCAUCCUCAGGUAGGCACUCUACGCUUCAGCCUCACUUUCCGCCACUACCCUGCCGACUUUAUACGAAACUUGCCUCGCUGUCGAUGCGAUCUCCCCAUGAUGCUUCGACGGGCUUUUAAAAGUCCAGAAACCAAGGGUUUCUAUUUUUGGCUGUGUGAGAAUGUGUACCAGAACAAGGACUGCGGAACUUUCCAUUGGGCAGACUUCAACAACCACAAAGAUCAUUUUGUGGCUAAGUCACAGGACUUGGCGUCCCGGUGGAUCGCUCCAGAAUAA